AUGACACCAGCCGCAGCAGCAAGCGGGACGAUCAAAUCCACCUCUGCGGCCAGCGAAAACCUCUCGCGGUACCAGAAGAUCCGGCACCGGCUGGAGUGGAAGCUGAAGCACCUGGUGGACGGGUACCGGCAAGCGACGAGCACGGCGGCGGACGCGACGGUCGAGAAGCUGGCGUUCGCGGAGCAGAUGUUCAAGCUGGACUUCUACGAGUACUACUCGUACCUGGAGCGGGGGAUCGUGCACCUGCUGCUUGUGUUCGGGCUGCGCGUGAGUGGUUCGUCGGCGUCGUCGUCCGGCCCGCGCCGACGCUGGGGGGACGACGACGACGAGGACAGCAACAGAGGCGGCUACACGCACCGCUACCACGCCAACGUGCUGGACGCGCUGCGCGACCCCGACAGCCCCUUUUACGAGGUGCUGGGCUCGGGUGAGCGCUUUGCCCAGCUGCAGAAGGCUAAGGAGCUGCGCAACCGCUGGAAGUACGCUGACAUGACGCCCGAGGAGCGCGAGCGUGACCCCCAGACUUGGCGUGCCGCUUACAAGGCAUGGAAGGACGCUCGCACCCCGCUCGCCAGAUAUGAUUUCGACCACAUGCUUAUCCAGAUCUUGAAGGGGUUGGCUGAGGCCGCGGAGCUCGCGCAGCAGCGCCUCGACGAGGUCAGUCGUCGCGCGGGCGAGGAUACCGAUGACGACAGUGAUAGUGAUGAUAGCGAUGUCUCGGAUGAGUAUGACUUUAUGGUUGAUGCUAUGGACUGGGAGGCUGUUUGA